UGCGAUCAUAUGAACGUAUCCAACUGUUUAUCGAAAUACAUGAUACGUUAUAGAUUUUUGUUUCAUUCAAUGACUUUAGUAUAGUAAGUUGACAGAUACUUAGUUCAUGAAUCAAAAGAUAACACAUCAAUUGUUAUUAAUUUCAUCCACUGUAAUACAGUAUUAAUACUUCACCCAAAUUAAGAAAAGGUAUUUGAAGAAAAUAGAGAUGCUAUUUAUAAUAAUAUAGUAUUUUUAAAAAUCGAAAAUCGAGAUUACCCGAGUGGAGUGGACACUAGACAAACGUGCAGAUUGUGUAUACCAUAUAAAGGAAAAGUCUUAUUAGUCCAAUUAUAUUAGGAGAGUCCCCAAAUGGAUUUUCUGUUAUGUACAACAAAAAUAUUUCCUUUUUAUAAAUCUUUUUUGUGUUCUUGAUUGGCAUUAGACAACAAUGGGGUUUGAGACAGAUGAAGCAAGUUCAUCAACCCUGAAAAUACCUGGAGAGGAUGUGCCUUUUUUGGGCCAAAAUCAACAACUUUCUUCUCCUUCAAAGACUUCUGCAAAUAUUUUCAUGUCUUUAGUUGGUGCUGGAGUUCUUGGACUUCCCUACACAUUCAAGAAAACAGGAUGGUUAAUGGGGCCUCUCUUGAUCAUCUCAAUAGCCACUCUUUCUUAUUACUGUAUGAUGCUUCUUGUUUAUUCUAGGCGUAAGCUUGAAUCACAGUUUGAAGGUGCAAAAAUCUCAUCUUUUGGUGAUUUGGGAUUUGCUGUGUGUGGACCUAUUGGUCGUUUAGUUGUUGAUGUUAUGAUUGUUCUCUCCCAAGCAUGUUUUUCAGUUGGAUACAUGAUUUUCAUUGGUAAUACUUUAGUAUAUUUGUUUAAUUCUUCUGUCACAGAAGCAAAUCCCAGAAUCUUGGGAUUUUCGCCUAAAUCGGUGUAUAUUUGGAGCUGUUUCCCAUUCCAGUUAGGGUUGAAUUCAGUUCCCACACUAACCCUUUUAGCCCCUUUGAGUAUUUUUGCUGAAAUUGUUGAUUUAGGAGCUUUGGGUGUAGUGAUGGUUGAAGAUGUGUUAAUUUACCUCAAGAACAGGCCUAGUUUAGAAAUGUUUGGUGGAUUCAAUGUGUUUUUCUACGGUCUUGGUGUGGCUGUUUUUGCUUUUGAAGGGAUGGGAUUGGUGUUGCCUCUGGAAUCUGAGACAAGAGACAAGAACAAGUUUGGGAAAAUAUUGGGUUUGUCAGUUGCCUUUGUAGCAAUUUUAUAUGGUGCAUUUGGAGCAUUGGGUUACUUUGCAUCUGGGGAAGAGACCAAGGAUAUAAUCACCGUAAUUUUCAACAGGGAUCGGUUGCAGCUUGGUCUUUGCAUAAACCUCUUUGGCUUUCCACUGAUGAUGAAUCCAGUUUAUGAAGUGAUGGAAAGGAGAUUCUGUGAAGGCAGAUACUGUUUGUGGUUGAUAUGGCUUAUGGUUUUGACAGUCUGUUUUGUGUCAUUGACAGUACCAAAUUUUGCUGAUUUCAUGUCAUUGGUUGGUAGCAGUGUGAGUGUUGUUUUGGGGUUUGUGUUGCCUGCUUUUUUUCACUUGAUCGUCUUUAAGGAUGAGCUGGGCUGGUAUAGUUUAGCUAUAGAUGCUGCAUUUAUUGUCAUGGGCACAACAUUUGCAGUCUAUGGAACCUCUUCAUCCUUGGCAAAGAUCAUUUCAGAAAUGGCUUAGCUUUUUCUUUAUUUUUCAUGUGAAGAUAUUUUAUAAGAUGCAUAUUUUGCAGCCUGAUUAAUCUAUUGAGUGAAACUACUCGUUAAUGGCAGAAAGUGGAGAAUUUUAUCAAAUAGCUCGGUUAGUUGGCUAUCUAUUUUAUCAAAUAGCUCGGUUAGUUGGCUAUCUGAAGUAAGUGAUGCUUCAAUUCCCACAUUGUAAUCCGCUACACCAUACCCCCUAAUUUUUUCUUAAGAAAAACACGCUUUAGUGGCAAAAGAAGAUUUACCUUUGUUCUUUCCAUACUAGUAUAAACAGCACAUACCAACAAGAAAAGAAAAAGAAAAAUACAAUAUAAGAACACUUCUUUUACUAUCAAUCCAUAGUUCAAUUAGUUAAGCAAUACAACACAAGUGACAAGAUGGGAGCACAAAAUGCACCCAAAAAAAAAAGAAUCAGUUACAAGGAUCCCAAAUCCACUCAUAAAACAAAAUAACUCUCCAAUAUCAACUGAUAAAAAAUGCUCAUUAUACACUUUAUACAUUCAAUAUGGGUGACCAGCAAAAGUUGUGUCCACCUUGAAGUUCCGAAAAAAUAAUGUGGUGGAAAAGGUCAAAAUUCACAUGGAAUAUUUUUUUAAAAAAAUAAAAUCAAGCUAACAAAUAAUAGUACAACACAGCUUAUAUCUUGAUAGCAACGCAUGCCGCACACAUGUUUUAUCUAGUCACAACAUUACAUACCUACAAACAACAAACUGGCCAAAUGAUAAAAAUGAAAUAGAAUAAAA